ACCAUCACCACCACAAGAACCCCAGCCUGGGACACCAUCAUCGCCGUCUACCUGAACGACUAUUUCGCUUACAUCAUGCGCUCCCGUCCUCUCUCUCACCCCUUUCGCGCUCCCGUCUCUCCGACAAGGACACCUGCUGCCGUGGCAUAACUAGGACAGCGCUGGCUUCGAGAAGAUCUCAUGCAACGAGACGGAUGGCUUAUGAUCCUGUUGUUCCCGCAACGGGUUGACCGACAUGCAAUCCCGUUUACGGGCUCAACACGAAUGAUUUGCGCAAGUGCAAGAAGCGGAAUCGGUCGAACAAUGCCUCGAAGAAUCAAGUCAAAGGUCGAGGGUCAACAACGUUAUGCCAGCCGACCGUGAAAGGUCAUCAUCGCCUCUGCCGCGGUAUGGCAACUUUGAUCGUUCUGUCGAUUCUCUCGACUACCUUUGUCGCAAGCGCCUCGAGGAUGAGCGUCCCAGGCGGAUUGAGAAGGUCAUGAGGAGCAUUCCCAACCAAUUGAGUAUUACUCGUCGGACUUCAGGUGUCCUACUAAGAUCUACGGGAAGACCUGGGUUCUAGUCAACGGUUAUCCGGAGGUCAACGUUCGUAUAAUUGCUAACCUUUGAUUUCUAAUCUUCACCAGUAUAUUAUGUUUUAACUUUCACAACCAGGGAGUGUAGACACUAGGUAGUUCUACUUCGCUACUAACAGCUGGGUCUCUCAUGGGAUUACAAUAGCCCUGUUCUUAGACUGUUAAUAGUCAAGAUGGCGUCCUUGUAGAUUAUGGUGCCCUUCCCGCAUCGCCUGGCGCUAUCUUAGAAGUACAGCUAUGGCUACCCUGGGGAUAUGGCGAACGAUCUCCACCGGAUAUGUCCGGUACGUUUGUCGGUUACAGAACUGUCACCACCUGGCGGACUCAUUGCCUCUUCACCCCCACUCGAUACGUGAGAAGUGAAAAUGAAAUUACA